AUCACGAAUCCCAUAGUCUGACUGAAGCGGUCAUUUGGAAUAAGUAAAUAACCAAUUGCAUCGUAAUUUCACUGGCAUGAUUAAGCGCGGAAGGCUUAAAAACGUAUCGCAUGCAUUACACCUCAAUGGUCGCAUAUCACCUCAAAGGGUAUAUAUAGCUGCGUCUACGAGUCAAAACAACACUGGCGACGCGUGCCAAACAAUUUUAGCGGUUUGUUUUGUUCGUUAUACUGUAUAGGAUUAAGUUAUUAUUGUCUCUCUGCUUUCCGGGACUAAAUUAUGGAAUUUGGCUGGGACUCUAUCUGUGCAGUCGCAGUGCUAAUUAUUGCAGGCAUAGUUGGCUUCUUAUACUAUGUUGGUUACUUCUUCAAAGUGAAGAUAUCAGCUGGACACUCUGUUAUAUCUGAAGUGAAAGUAGCAUACAAGUUCCAUCAAGGAAAUUAUGAUUCGUGUGGGCCAUUCUUUAACGAAAUUGUUAAAUUGUACCCAAAUAAGCGUUGCAUGGGUAUUUAUUAUGAUAACCCUGAAGUGAUUGAUCCAAACAAAUGUCGCUACAUUGUUGGUGUGAUAAUUGCGGAGGGUGUUGGACAAGUUCCAGAGAAGACAGUAGUUGAGAACCUGCAAAGUCGUGGAUUUAAAAUUAUCACUUUUCCAAAAGUUGAAAAUUCUGUGAAAACCACCCAUCCAUUUACACUCACAAUAUCUGCAUACUUCGCUGGAUGGAAAGCUUAUCCAGCCUUGAUGAAAUACAUAAAGGAUCAGGGGCUUACUGCACAUCCUUUCCUGGAGAUAUAUUUUGAUCGAACCAUUCACUACAUGGUGCCGUUGUCCAAACAUGAUGAGUUCUAUGUCGAAGAAAUGGAGGGAUGAUUUUUGAAUUCUGUAAGAGGGCAUCAUUCUGAUACCUUCGAUUGAAUGACUUUGUAUUUUAAGCAAUAGUGUUAUUUAUACUAACCUCACAAUCGUUUAUAUCUAUGUAAAUAUGAUGUGGCUUGAGUUGUAUUUUCAAAUCUGCAGUCUUUCUGAUUUCUAUAAAAACUAAUGCUAUUUUGAAGUUUAUGGUAUACAAAAUAACUUUCGACAAUUUUCACUGACGGAAAUCACAGACAUUUGUUUUGCACUAACGUUUUUAUUCUUCUGUCUUUUUGUAAUCAUUUCAACCAAUUUCAUCUUGCCAAUUAUGUAAAUAUAUUAUAUAGCCAUUUCUAAUAAACUUUCGGUGUACCUUUC